AUGGUAAACAAGCUAGCAAUCGCCAGUGUCUCCUUGAGUCUCUAUCCAGGCCAUCUAUUAGACGAGAAGAUCCGCACCGCAGCCCAGCAUGGCUACUCCGGCCUCGAGAUCGUCUACUCAGACCUAGAAACAUACAGCAAAUCCCAAAACAUCCCAAUCCACACCGCAGCCCAGAGAAUCCACCAAAUCUGCAACGAAAACAACAUCCAAGCCCUCUCCUUAGCCCCAUUCGAGAACUUCGAAGGCGCAAACUCCCCCCUGGAAACAAGACUCCAACGAGCCAAACACUGGCUCGAAAUCGCCCGACUCCUCAAAGCACCAUACCUCCAAGUCCCAUCAAUCUUCACAACCGACUGCAGCCGCGACGCAGCCGUCCUCAUCCACGAACUACAAGCCCUCUCAGACCUAGCCAGCGCCACCGAGCCAAAAGUCUCAAUCGCCUACGAGGCCCUAUCCUGGGGAACGAACCACUCAACCUGGGAAGCAGCGCUGGCACUCGUGAACAGCGUGCAACGACCGAAUUUCGGGCUGUGCAUGGACACAUUCCACGAAGCAACCAAGAUAUGGGGCGAUUCGGCCUCACCAUCCGGGAUGCAGAUGAACGCCGAUGAACGGCUGCGCGAUUCGCUGCGUCGGUUUGUCCGGGAUUGUCCGCGGGACAAGUUAUUCUAUGUGCAGCUGUCGGACGGCGAGCGGUUCGAUCCGCCGUAUUCGGCGGAGCACCCGUGGGCGUUGUCGGGCGAGGCGAAGGAAUUUACGUGGUCGAAGCAUGCGCGGCCGUUUCCGUUGGAGAAGGAGUUGGGGGGGUAUUUGCCUGUCGUGGAGAUUGCGCGGGCUUGGAUUGUUGAGAUGGGAUUUGAGGGGUGGGUUUCUAUGGAGGUUUUUGAUCGGAGGUUGAGGGAUGGGAGUGUUAGUGUUGGGAGUGCUGCGCAACGGGGGAUUGAGUCUUGGAGGAAGGUUCAGGCUGCUAUGGAGGGGAAACCUAGGCUUUGA